AUGCGGUACUCACCUCAGCCGAUCGGGUCCAGUAAUGACAGCGGCACGAGUAGCAACGUUCCGGAUGUCUGCUCGGACGGCGCAGCCGAUAAUCUCUCCGAGAGUGCAUCCGAGCCAGCCAGCAGCGGUGACGAUUCUGACGAUUCUGAUGAUGAUUCGAUCCUAGACGAUGAGGAGGAAGAAGAACGGGAGCUUACUGCAUUGCACUACCUUGAGAAGGCUGAGUCUCUCGAUGUUUCGCAGCUCCGACAAAAACGUUAUAGUCCGAAUGCCCAGUCUAGAUUAGACGAUACGCGGGAUUACUGGAACCGGUUCUGCUACGAAGGAAAACACGAUCUUGUCGAACUUUUUGGCUGGCUCUCUGAUUCCGAGGAGACAAUCCGAUUCCUCAAGGCCUUUUUCUCCUGGCGAUGCGGUCGGCUACGAAGCAAAAAGGGCCGUCGGACUCCAGGAAUAAAAUAUAAAACCUCGCUAGAGACCUUCUGGAAGUGCAAAGACACCACUGUCAAGAUCCUGGAUGUCUUGGCUAUGGUUGCCAAGGAGAAAAACCUUCUUUCUGGGCGGCGACCAAAAGCGCCCAUGUAUAUCGAAGACGUGGCGGAGUUCGCUCGCGUGCUUCUGUCAACGACAGAGAUGACAUUCCAGUGUGGAUGGCUUCGGAUACAACUCCUCUUUUGCCAGCUGGCCGCCAUCACCGGUAGCCGUCCAGGCGCUCUUCUGAAUCUACGCUAUCGAAACCUUAUACUCACUCUCGUCCGUAAUCCGGACGGAGGGCGUCCCCAGUUAUUCAUUUACUUGACCCCAGAGUUUACCAAGACUUUCUUGGAUGAGAAGGAACAGAACACUUUUCCCAUUCCCGAGAUCGUCUUUGACCCUACAUUAGUGCUUAGCCCCCACGUGUUUCUUCUGGGGAUGCUGUUUCGAAUCAAGGCGUUCAAGAAAUUCUCCAAGGACGGGCUAGUGGUCGACCGCCCCGAAAACUUAUAUAACCUGGGUGUUUUGGAUGGACUGGGAGAACAAGAACUGAAACUGAAAGACGAAAUUCUCGAUCAGUUUGUAUUCUGUCAGGCCCUGCGUGAGUCGGAUGGGUUUCGAAUCGCGUUAGAGGAGCAACUUGCGGAAGGUGCACUUCGAUAUCGAAUGAAGCGAGGAGGGGAAAUUACGGGAUUCGAGCAGGUCACAAAGCCGUACUGUCUCCGCUAUGGGGCAGCAAAAGCAUUUAAUGAUAGCCCGGACGUUACCAACGAGCUCCAAAACGUGAUGUUGCAGUAUGCUAGCAUCAACACUUUCGUCAAACACUAUAGCAUGGGCAUCCACGUUGACGCUCAGGCGAUUGUUCGGGGACUGCCGGCCCAGAAACAACUGAUGCGGUUUGCAGCGUCCAUGAGCCGGUCAAUUGAUCCCCGUCAACCUUACAAAUUAGAGGACACUAGCAUUAUCAACAAGGUUUCAAAAGUUCGAGAGAAGAUGAAGCGGGCUUUCGAAAUGGCGGAAGGGGACUUCCAGCGAAAACUUCGCGAUUACCUGCAACAAAAGAAAUUGAAACAGGAACUGCAAGGCCCCGCUCGUCUGACGCUCGACGUUGUAGAGCGGCGGGAGAGAGAGUACAUGCGCGCGACCCAAAGACAUACCCGGGCACAGCGUGUGGCUCGGAAUGAGUGGCAACGACAACGUAACCGCCUGGUGCGUGAGAAUCUGGUACGAUAUAAGAACGAGCAGCCAGGGAUUGAUAGUGAGAGACAACUCGCUGGAAAAGUGGUAGAUGAAGAGGUUAUGGGUGCUCUAGAACGGACAGGAUUUAUGACUCCGCAGCAUAUGAUAUUGAUCGACACUAUCUUGGCCAUGCCAGGCUCCACUGUCGAGAAGGAGUAUCAACGUCGGAUUGCUGCAAUCAACGCGGUUAUCACUUUCUGUGAUGUGGAAGAAGGUUCUCCGACAAGGCGAACAAAAGCUACCCAGAAACGUCGCGCCACCGACGACCCACCCUCUGCCCCCCCGCCGAAAAGGCAAGAAUGCCGUUCCUCUGAGGGAGGAAAGACCACACUUUCUCUUGCAAUUGCAUCUGUCUGCAUUAAAGCUCGACAUCAGCGGCCGACAAUCUGUUUUCUUUGCCUUGGGAAUCCUCGUUUGCCUGAUCGUCAGCGAGCCAAAAGCUUUCGGACUCCUGGGUCCCUCGGUCGUCACUUUGUUGACAUUCACGUCAUACCAUAUCCGAAAGACAUGCGGGUCAAAUGCGGCAUAUGCAGGGAAGACUUAGAGAGUAAAUCUGCCUUGAUGAACCAUGCUGAGGAAGUGCAUGGAACUGUAUCACGUCGGCCGUUGUCUGCCCUUGGCCCAAUUUAG